CAGCUAACCCUUCAUCAUGUCCCUCUGGAGUCUUACAUUGUUAAUUCUAGUGAUUAGUGUAUUCCGGAUACAGAACACUAGAGGAUUUACUCUGUCUAGACAGGGCGUAUGUUCCCCGGUCAGUGUCAACUGUCCUAACGUAAAAUACGACUUCUCCACUGGAUGUUUUGUUUGCAUUGGGGAGGAUAAACAACAGGUGACUUCCGGUGCAGCUGUACCGCAGUAUGUCAGUCCACUGAAGGAAGAUUGCAAGGACAAAGGCAUCAUGCUUCAGUUGAUGCUGAAUAUUCCUAACAGUGGAUGUUCUACUUGUGGACAGAGAGAACCAAUGCCUAUCGGCUGGAACCCUAUGGCUAUGACAAAUUCUCCCCCAUCUUCUACCGCUCCUCCUGUAACUACAACAACGAACCCACCAGAAACGACGACAGAAAAUGUCCCAUGUCCAUGUAAAGACCCCGCUCAUCAUCAUGGUACUCAUUCUACUAGUACAACCGUGACAACUCCAGAAACCACCUCCAUACCAACUACCACCACCACCACUCAACAAACUACCACCACCCCUCAAACAACUACGUCCACUCCUCAAACAACCACCGCCACACAAACCACUUCUACUACCCCUCAAACAACCACAACAGAGAAAACUACGACAAAAACAAAUCCAACUACAACAUUAUCUUCUACAACAAAAACUACCCCUACCUCAACUACUACUACAACAACCAAAGCCACUACAACGAAGUCAACAACUACUACAACAACGAAAAAACCAACAACUACUGUAAAGACUGAACCAACUAAAAGACUACACCUUACUUCAAAGACGACAACAACCACUACAGCAAAGCCUAGUACCACUACAAAAUCACGGCCCCAUCACAUCAAAACCACUACUCCUAUUCAUAAGAGCACGACAUCUAGAUUAAGCACCACAUCUAUCGCUGCUUCCUCCUCAGCGAAAAAUUCAGCAACCUCGAGUACUUCACAAGAGAGCAACUCCUCUAAGAACAAUCACGCUAAUGGCGGCAAUUCUAAACAUGAUAAUUCCUCAAACAACAAUUCCAACCACAGCAGUACUUUCACUAACAACACUUCCUCUCAUAGCAACACCUUCUCCAGUAGCAGUUCUAGCUCUAGCUAUUCCAGUAGCAGUUCAUCGUCCAGCAGUAGUUCCUCUUCAAGCAGUUUCUCCAGCAACAGCGGCAACCAAAAUACUACAAACGGCAACCACCAUCACGGGAAUAACCACCACCACAACAAACAUCCUCACAAUGGCACCAGUUCUCACAGCAACAAUUUCUCCAACAGCAGUUCAUCUCAGAGCAGCUCAAGCAGUAGUAGCAGCAGUACCAGCACCUCCUCACAAAAUGGCGGCAAUUCCAACAGCAGCCUUCCUAACGGCCAUGGUCAUCACAGUUCUCACAACACUUCUAACAGCAAUCAACACUAUUCCCAGUCAAACAGUUAUUCUACAAAUAACGGUUCAUCCCAGAAUAACUUCUCAAACAGCAGCUCUUCUCACAACGACCACACACAGAAUAGCAGUUCCAAUGCUAACAGUAACAACACGAAUAACGGCUCAUCUAAAAAUAACAUCUCUGGAAACAAUAAUUCUUCCAAUAGCACGAACACGUCCAACAAAAACUCAUCGAACAGUACGAACACUUCGAAAAAUAAUCCCUUGACCAAUACUAACAAUUCCACCGAUAACACCUCAAAUAACAUGAAUACAUCGAAAAAUAACACUUCAAAUAACAUGAAUAAUUCAAAAAAUAGUAACUCUAACACAGUUAACAAUUCUAAUAACAGCUCUUCUAAUUCCACGAACACUUCCAGCAAAACUUCCUCUAAUAACAUAAACAACUCUAAAACUAACUCCUCAAGCAAUUCUAACACUUCAAGCAAUAACUCCCAAAACAACGUGAACAAUUCAAAAAACAACUCUAAUAAUUCCACAACUUCCAAGACCUCGUCAAAUACCUCCACCUCUAACACCAUGAACACUUCUAAUAAUAGUAACAAUUCGAGUAGUACCAAUAAUUCAAACAACAGCCAGUCCCAAACAAACCACACAUCUAGCAACAACAUCCAUAAAACAACUACCCUUAAAACAACGACCACUCCCGCAAAAACAACAACCUUAAAAACAACGACUAUCCCAACAACGACAAAAGCUCCAACGACAACGACGAAACCAACAACGACGACGACAACACCAAUAACAACGACAACUCCAACGACGACAACAACACCAACGACGACAACAACACCGACGACGACGACAACACCAACGACGACAACAACGCCGACGACGACAACAACACCAACGACGACAACAACACCAACAACCACGACAACACCGACGACGACAACAACACCAACUACCACGACAACACCGACGACUACAACAACACCAACUACCACGACAACAACACCGACAACAACAACAAUUAAGAUAACCAUGCCACCAGAAUUAAAAACUACAGAAAAAAUAACUGUGCCACCCUCAUUGAAAACAACAACAGUUAGGACGUCAACAACAGGAGUGCCUACAACUACAGGUUGCCCACCUUUCCCAAGUAAUUGUCCGGUAGCGUGUGGGAGCUUUGAUAUGAUCACCUUUUGUCCCAUCUGCGACUACAGCUUGUGUGGAAUGACACCGCCUACUUCCGGUUGAAAUGCCGUUCCCCGUGCUACAGCAAGCCAUAAGGAUCACAAUAUGGCACUAAAGGUUUUGACCAACUUGACUGUAUUUU